CUGAUCAUUGUUAUUUAGAAAGACGACAUUCCCCAACUAAAUCCAGACUUUACUGAAUAUUUGUGUGUUUUUCGGGUCUUGUACUUUAUGAAAAUGGGUGAUAAAGAGUCAUCGUUCACCAAAGAUAUGCGCAAAGCGACUAGAAAUGUGCACAGCAUUAGCGAUGCUCUUGUUAACGCGAAACUGGCUUUCGCACUUUCGGACGAUGGGGUUUGGGCGGAUGGACUUCUGAUUUUCUAUGAAGUCUUCAAGUUUCUCGAGAGAAAUGUCCCAGAAACGAUCCUUCCGGUGGCUUUUCAUCGACGGACUGCUUUCGAAAAGGAUUUGUCGUUUUACCUUGGGAAAGAUUGGGAGAAGAGCUACCAGAUGAGGAAGGAGGUAGCCAAGUACGUGGAGCAUCUGCAGAGCCUCAAAGAGAGAAACGCGAUGCUGUUGGUGGCUUAUGUUUAUCAUCUGUACAUGGGUCUUCUGUCCGGCGGUCAGAUUCUGCAAAAGAAGCGACGACUGGCCAAGAACUUCACCUCCGGUGUCGAUGGGGCUGAGAAUGGAAUGGCAGUGACAGACUUUGGAAGCGUCCCAAUUCAUGAGCUGAAGACAAGGAUGAGGAGAUUGAUUGACCAGCUGGCGCAGAGCUACAGUGACGAGACGAAGAGCCUCCUCAUUGAGGAAAGUGAGAAGGUCUUCCAGUACAAUAACAGCAUCAUCAGAACAGUGAAAGAUGUGAAUAAGGUAGGCUUGAGAAAGUUUCUUUGUUUCUCUGGUCUAUUCUUUAUACUCUAUCUCAUAUACAAAGUCUUUACCACGUAG